CCCUCGGUACGCGAAGUGGGCCGCAACUGGCCCCACUUCACAGCCGAUCCUGGCUGCGUCCGGUGGAAGGACGCGCAGAUUCCACAGAGUUCCGGGAGAGUCCCGCGCUAUCUUUACGGGAUGUGCAGAUGGAGGCCGGAGGAGAUAAUGCUGUCCCAGCCCCCGGGGGCGUGGAGGACUUGGUGGACACGCAGUUCCCCAGAGAGGAGGCUGGAGACAGUGAAGGGGCUCACGCAAGCACGCUGGAUCCCGGAGAUGGGGACCCGGAGGACACAGGAUCCAAGGACCAGCCAUCCAGCCUCCUGCCACCUCUGCCUCAGGCUGAGGCUGCGUCAAGCACCCAUGAGCACUGGGAAACCACAGCCUCAGACAGCAGCCCCAUCCGAGAACCCGAGAGUAACUCUGAGGGUCAGGGAGAAGACCCCAGCGAUGGGGACCCCAGCGACGAGGACUGGAGGAGCCAACGGAAGCACGUGUUCGUGCUGAGUGAGGCGGGCAAGCCCAUCUACUCACGGUACGGUAGCGUGGAGGCCCUGUCGGCCACCAUGGGGGUGAUGACAGCCCUGGUGUCCUUCGUGCAGAGUGCAGGAGACGCCAUCCGUGCCAUCUACGCUGAGGACCACAAGCUGGUGUUCCUGCAGCAGGGUCCACUCCUGCUAGUGGCUGUGUCCCGAACUCCACAGUCUGCAGCACAGCUACGAGGUGAGCUGCUUGCAGUACACGCCCAAAUUGUGAGCACACUAACGCGUGCAAGCGUGGCCCGCAUCUUCGCACAUAAGCAGAACUAUGACCUUCGUCGCCUGCUGGCUGGCUCAGAGCGCACACUGGACCGGCUCCUGGACAGUGUGGAGCAAGACCCGGGCGCCCUGCUCCUGGGCGCUGUGCGCUGUGUGCCUCUGGCCCGUCCACUGCGGGAUGCCCUGGGCACACUACUGCGGCGCUGUACAGCCCCGGGCCUGGCCUUGUCAGUUCUGGCUGUUGGCGGUCGACUGAUAACCGCGGCCCAGGAGAGGAAUGUGCUGGCGGAGUGCCGGCUGGACCCUGCUGAUCUACAGUUGCUGCUUGACUGGGUGGGUGCACCAGCCUUCGCGGCAGGUGAAGCAUGGGCACCUGUGUGCCUGCCUCGCUUUAACCCAGAUGGUUUCUUCUAUGCCUAUGUGGCCCGCCUGGAUUCCAUGCCUGUCUGCCUGCUGCUGCUUGGUACCAACCGUGAAGCCUUCCACGCCAUGGCUGCCUGCCGGCGCUUAGUUGAAGACGGGAUGCACAGCCUUGGUGCCCUGCGUACUCUUGGGGAGGCUGCCAACUUCUCUAAUGGCCCAGCAGCCGGUGCCCCGGCCUACAGUGUGCAGGCCGUGGGGGCGCCUGGCCUCCGGCAUUUUCUCUAUAAGCCACUGGAUAUCCCUGAACAACACCGCCAGCUGCCACAGUUUACCAGUCCCGAGCUAGAGGCCCCAUACAGCAGAGAGGAGGAACGGCAACGACUGUCAGACUUGUAUCACCGCCUGCAUGCUCGCCUCCACAGCACCUCCCGGCCCCUGCGCCUCAUUUACCACGUGGCUGAGAAAGAGACGCUGCUGGCUUGGGUGACUUCCAAGUUUGAGCUCUAUACUUGCCUCAGCCCCCUGGUAACCAAGGCUGGUGCCAUCUUAGUAGUGACGAAGCUCUUGCGCUGGGUAAGGAAGGAAGAGGACCGGCUUUUCAUCCGUUACCCACCCAAAUACUCCACACCCCCAUCCACCUCGGCGGACCAGGCCCCCAACAAUGGCUUGUUCACAGGACUCUGAACAACUGCUGGAGUGACCACAUUUGGCUUUAAAUUCUGUGUCUACUCUGGAAAUGUGGGUAGAGGUCUGUGUGGAGCUGGUCCCCGUCUCCCUGGGCAGGUGGGCAAGAUGUCAGGGUUUGUCCACAAAUGGGAGAAAGGUGACAGCAGCCAGGGGCACAGAUUGCUCUCUGAGCCCCCUCAUGCACCUCCACAUUUAGGAAAGUGGGACGCUUCCUCUGUCCUCUGCCUCACCUCCCUAACUAGCCUGAAUGCCACUGUACCCUCUGUCACCAGCUGUCUCCACCAAGCCUCUUCUAAGCAGCUCAGGUUGCUCCCAUGUCCAUCCACCAAGCAGACCUGAGACUGGCUGAGACUGUCCUCAGGGUAGGGGUGGGUAACCCACAAGGGCUCUAGAAUUUGGAAUGCAGGGCUAGCCUGUGCUUGAAACCAGCCUAUGGGUGUUUAAAACACACACACACACACACACAUACACAAACUGUACAGAAAGGGCCUAAAGCUGAAUCCUUCAAGACAUUCCUCUGUCCUUCAUGCUCCCUCUCCGUCCCCAUCAUUUUUCCCUUUCCCUACUUUAAAGCAAACAACCCCCCAAAGGACCCAAGCCCCACCAUGUUGGGCUGUUUCUCACAAGAAUAAGAAGGUGGCCUCUAGCAUCCACCUGACUUCAUCCUUGGGCCGGGAUGCAGCUUUGUGAAGAUGCUCUUGGCUGCCAGAGCUUUCACUUCUGUACCUUUGAGUGGAGAUCUGUAAACGGACAGGGGGUGGAAAUGUGUUGAUGCCUAGCAUGAACGUAUUCUGGACCUUGGACGCUUGCAGUAACAACUUAAAGAAGAGCCCUUAAAGAGCUUGUGUUGCUCACAACCCACCUCAACUGCUUACUUACUACCUGGCUUCCAGCCUUUUUUUACUCAGCCCUGUGGUUGCGCGCAUGCGUGCAGACGCAAGCUAGCAGUUGCAUUUGCAGAUGUUCUGCGCUUGCUCCAAGCAGACUCCUGUGUUGCCCCGCCCCCUGUUUUCCUACAAUGUCUGUAGUCCCACGUGCUGCCUUUCCCUGCUGUUUCUCUUCCGUGGCACAUGCGCAGAUACCCCACGUUGGCAAAUGGCUGCGGAGCUGGAGCCUUUGAUGGCGGAGUGGCUGGGAGCUGAGAAAGCUGAAGACACCCGAGGUAGUGAGGGCCAACAGGGUAGAUGGGAAAGAGGCUUCGGCUCAUUAUGAUAAUUGAGAAUUUUUUUUUUUUUUUUUAGAAAAAAAGGUUUUUAGCCUAUUUAAACUUAUAACUUCCACAAAGUGGAAAAAAUAACAUGCGUGUCCUUAUCACCCAGGUUAACUUGCCAACUUGAUUGACCAUAUUAAAUAUCUUAAGCAAGUAAUUCAUUUCAAGUCCCAUUACUCAGCAAGUCGGGGGUGGGGCAGGGGAGAACAGUGAUGUCUUCCCAAAACUUCUGUGUCGCUACACAGCCGAGGGAAGGAACUCCUCUGUCACUUCGCAGCCAGCCUAGAUCACUACGUAGGUUUCUCAAGGCUCCUGAGCAUAGUUUCCCCACUUUUGUCCGAUUUGGUUUUUCAGUAAUGACCGUUUCUCUUCCUCUUGGGGGGCAAGGGAAUGGAGUCCAGCCUAGAAACUACUGGAAACUGCAGUUCCUUGGAAAGAAAAUCUCUUUCAUGGCAAAUUCACUAGAAGCGCAUUCUUGUUUUAAUUAUAGAAAAUUUCUAAACAUUCUAAAGUAGAGAAAACAGUGCGACCAAGGACCCUGACUCUGUUUCAACGGGUGUUCAAUCUUUGUCCUUGUAUCUGUCUCUACCUCCCCUUCCUGCACAUGCAGUCUGUCACUACUUGGCCAAACAUGGGAGGUGGUGGCAUCUUGCCAGACCUGUUGAUUCAGAUUCCAAAACAAUGAAUGUGACCUUCAAAAGCAAGACCUGCAGUUUCCCUGGGCGCCUGAAACACCUGCUUGGUGCUUAGUACUCAGUGAGCGUUUCCUUUUUUUUUUUCUUUUUUUUUAAGUGGGUGAAUAAUGAAAUCAUUUUAACAGAAUUUGUCUUAAAUUGGAGCCACAUGUUGGGCGUCAGUUUUCAAAGAAUAGAAAUCAGACAAGCCACAUUUUAUUAAGCACAUGAUGCAGUGCCACAGAGAUUUAAACAUUUAGCAUCAACCUUUCAAAUUCCUCAAAGUUUAAGUAAUAAAGGGCUUUAUCAGCACUGGAGGAAGGUAGAAGGUGAAUCAGGUCACAUUUCUUCGCCACUGACUGGCCAUAGGGGCAUGCUCUGCAGCUUCAGUGGCCUGGUAGGGGAUUAUGUUUUACAGCAGAUGCUGUUCCACAUCUGCAAUCUCCAUGCUAGGUCAUCACAGACUGCACGAGUGUGGACCAGGGGUGGCCAGUGGUGUGUUACUAACAGAGGCAGAGAGAGAGGUGAAUUCAAAACCUGACCAAAUCUAGGUAUAUCCAUGCAGAUUGUAGAUUUUUUUUUUUUAAAAAAUAAGAGGUGGAGAAACUUAAAUUUCAGUUGAUAAAAUUGUUUAUCAAAAUUGUUCAUAAGAGGUGGGCCCCAGAAUUUUUAUUAUUGAAUAUCGGGAUUGAGAAAGGCGGGGCUGUACCUGGCAAGGCCAGCUCCUUGAAGACGGCAAGAGGUAAGCACACUGAGAAUUGUGGAGAGGGGCCUUGGGUUUGAGGGAGGGGAGCAAAGUGGAGGCCUUUGAGAUGUAUUGUUUUAUUUAUCUCUUUGAAAAUCGAUAGUGAUACGUAAUUUACAAUGUAAGAGGGCAGGGGGAAGCUGAGCAGCAGCCCGAGGGACCAAUGCUCACACUCAGAUUUUAAGUUAUGCCGGUACCUGGAGUCCCACGUAUAUGGGAAAUGUGCACUGGAGUAUUCAGGACUAGUGGGUCAUACUAUGUACAACUUAGAGAUGACAAACACUCGACACUAGGAGAUGCUGAUAGAGUCCCACAGCCUAUUUCUAUGACUUUUGUGUACAUCUGAAACAAUUUCAAAAUAAAAUGUUAUAUGGGGGAACUUA